CACCUCCAAUCUUGCACGACGCCCCCCACUUAACCCCAAAGCCACUCGCCUCGCCACCCAUGGCCAUGGCCUUCCACCCCCUGGCCGGCUCGCGCGUCCACCGCUCCCCUCUCCUCCUCGCCGCGGCGCCAUCCGCCCACCACCGGCGCCGCUUCUCCGCCAUCGUGGCCACGGCGGCCGCCUCCGCCUCCGCCUCGGCCACCACGGAGUUCGACUUCAGGGCGUACAUGGGGGAGCGCGCGGCGGCCGUGAACCGCGCGCUGGACGCGGCUGUCCCGGCGGGGGAGCCCCCCGCGGCGCUGCACGAGGCGAUGCGGUACGCGCUGCUGGCGGGCGGGAAGCGGGUGCGGCCCGCGCUGUGCCUGGCCGCGUGCGGCGUGGCCGGCGGGCGGGAGGCGUGGGCGAUGCCCCCCGCCGCGGCCGUCGAGAUGGUGCACACCAUGUCGCUCGUCCACGACGACCUGCCCUGCAUGGACGACGACGACCUCCGCCGCGGCAAGCCCACCUGCCACGUCGUCUACGGCGAGCCCAUCGCCGUGCUCGCCGGCGACGCCCUGCUCUCCCUCGCGUUCCGGCACAUGGCCAGCGUCGACUCGUACCCGCCAGACGUCGACCCGGACAAGCACCCCGCCCGCGUCGUUCGCGCCAUUGGCGAGCUCGCGCGCUGCAUCGGCUCGGAGGGCCUCGUCGCCGGCCAGGUUGUUGAUCUUGAGAUGACUGGCUCAACUGAAAUUGUGCCCCUGGAACGCCUCGAGUACAUCCAUCUGCACAAGACUGCUGCAUUGCUCGAGGCCCCGGUGGUCAUUGGGGCAAUCAUCGGGGGUGGCUCGGAUGAGCAAAUUGAGCGGCUGCGGAAGUAUGCGAGGUCAAUAGGGCUGUUGUUCCAGGUGGUUGAUGAUAUACUUGACGUGACCAAGUCAUCCGAGGAGCUAGGGAAGACAGCGGGGAAGGACUUGGCAAGUGACAAGACGACAUACCCCAAGUUACUGGGAUUGGAGAAGUCACAGGAGUUUGCGGAAAAGUUGCUUUGUGAUGCAAGGGAGCAGCUUGCAGAAUUCGACAAAGAGAAGGCGGCACCUCUGUUGCAUUUGGCCAAUUAUAUCGCCCAUAGACAGAACUGAGGGCACACGCUUGGAAUGUACCAUGCAAGAAUCAUGUGGUGUGUUCUCCCAGGUGAACUAUCGCCAUAUCUUGAACUUUUCUGGGUCUUGGUUAACAACAAAUGCAACGCUACAAAAUUGAUACAUAUUCAACAACUUUUAGGCCAGUAGUGGGAAGGAAGUGUCCAAUAAAUGCGCCAAUCGAACCAAAGAUCUGGCUGCGGUUCAGUAUUUUUUUUUUCACUUAUUUUUCUCUGAGAAUGUAAACAAACUAGGAAAAGAGUAAGCAUGCCUUUAAUGUGAUGAGUCACGACACACUGCAAAAAUAGGACAUGCAAGACCUUAGGCAUGUGUCCUGUCGGGAUGUAUGGAUGCAAAUAUGUAGAAAAUCAGGAGUAUAUCGGCGCCUUCAAAUUCACCAACUUGUCUAUUUUGGAAGAUAAAUCUGUUACAUGACUGUAACUAUGUUUUAUUUGCUCAAUGGAAGACUCCAACACCUAGUGAAGUAUA